AUGUCCCCUGCCCAGACGAUAACGUUCCGCGAGAAGAUAGGCAAGGUCUUUUCGGAUACAUCAAAGAAGAUAGAAGAAGGGUCAACGGGUAGGAAGGCGUUGGCAUUCUUGACUUCGGCGUUGGGAAGGGUGGUGAAUUCAUCCUCGCCCGAGAAAGUGGUGUACGACUUGCAGACCUUUGCGGUACCGACUGGAACGCCGUAUAGGGAGUACUUGACUACCUUGCAGGGGUUGGGGCACAAUGUUCGGAACUUGGCACUUGUGACGCCGCAGGAUAAUACAAUUCAACUGGCAGUCAGAGAGAUUGUGUCUGAUCAAUACAGUGUUCUGACCGCUUCCGUGUGUAAGGGCAAGGAGUUGGGAGUGGUGCAGUUCGAUAACANUCCAACACGAAGGAUGGCUCAGGUAAAGGGUUCCUCUGGGGGGAGGCAGGGACAGAGAUGUGAUGGAGGAGGAAGGACAGGGUCAGGGGGAGGGAAUACCUUUCGGUCCGCGUCUCCUGGCAGGUCCGAUGGUGGAUAUGGGGGGAGGAGGGUGAUGACGGUGGAGGACAUGGACUACGAGGACAAAUGUGAAGAGUUCAAGAGAGUCUAUGGCAUUCACUCGUCGCCUCGCACAAACAGCCAGGUGAAUGAUUGCCCUUUCUUCGCGUGGUUUACGUCUGUCGAGGAAAAGGACAGGCACAGACGGGCGUUCGGGUCAAGGUGUUUGAACUGUGGUAGUGAGGGACAGUUUGUGCGGGAUUGUGUCAAGGGUUACAUUAACGCCUCAAGUAUGUUGAACCGAAAUUUGGCAAACGGGUCCAAGGCCGAAGUCAAGGCAAGAUGGGAUCGGUGGUUAAAUCGUCUACAACAAUGGUAA